AUGAAAAAGGUUCAAUCCGCUGUGGGAUCACGAACACUGAAAGCAGGAAAUGCCAGGGACUGUUUCGUAAACGCGUGUGGAAAGUGCAAGGGAUCAGGGUCUGUUUGGGAAAAGAAAGUACGCUCAUGUCUGGCGUUCCUGGGCGAUUUCAUACCCAAAGCCAGUACUCCGUUUAGAGAUAUGCACAACAAGGCGGCGUUCUUUAACACCGAGAAUCCAAACUCCACUGUCCAUCACUUAUCGUGUGACCAGAUGGUCUGCCUGGAGAACACAAUAUUACACGGGAUUCUGGUUGAUACUGUGACGGCCACCUAUCGACCAGAAAAUAAUGACAUUGAAAAACGCCUGUACAGUGGGGCAGAAAACCCGAGUCCAAUAAUGGACUUGUUAGAGCAAGUGAUGGCAAUGCGUGCUUCUGGUCACGUUAGGGUGUAUAUUGAGCGAGAUACCGACCUCUCUGCUCUACAUAAUGUGAUUAAGAUUUUGCUGGUACACAACUCCAAGGUGACCAAUGUGACAUUCCACGUGACCCCCGAUGCCAACAAGGACUACAUCAACGAGGGUCUUCAGCGCAAGAUAGAGAACUGGGCAGGCUCGGCGUGUCCGACGCGCAGUAGAGUGGCCAUUUCUCCGUUCACAGUAGAUGAUGUGCCUCGCCACCGCGUGCGACGCAGUUUAGAGAAUAGCAAAGCCAGAAACGACAUGAAACGUGACCUUCACCACUGGGAGUUGAACUGGUUAAUGCGGAACUGAGACACUGAUGAAUGAAGCACACCACUUUUGGUCGUGCUGUUUGAAAAACUACAUGACGCUUUAUUAAAGUAUGUGUACUUACUGUCAGUCACAUGUCGCGUGAUUCUAAAUGUGGAACUUAAUAUGACAAUGAGCUUAGAUUAUUGAGACAUUGAAUUGAUUGAAAAUGGGGGUCAGUGUGACAGAGGGUCUGCCCACCAUUAGUUACAUAUAUGUUCGUAAAAAAAGAGAUUGAGAUUAGUGGGCCAAAAUCUGUAAAAACCAGUGGCAUCGGUUUUUUUAAUUUGGUCAACUUUGUGUAGAGUCACAUUGUCUAUAUUAAAAAAAAA